AUGCCUGGCACUGUAUUAGAUGCUGAAGACACAGGAAUGAACAAGAAAGAUGAUAUCCUUCGUCCUCCUGAAGCUUGUACCCCGCUCGCGGCGGCGAACCGCGGAGCCUCCGCGGCCUCGCCAGUCGCUCGCACCUUGUCUGGCUGUGGUCUGGCAUCCAUGGUCUUCCUGCCUCUGGCCGAGGAUGCUGUGGCUCCAUCUCCUCUUGCUGCCGCUCCUUCUUUGAAUCCUGGGGGGAGCCAGUCAUCUGAUGUGGUACUCUUGAACCACUGGAAAGUGAGGAAUUUUGAAGUACAACGUGGUGACAUUGUGUCAUUGGUGUCCCCUAAAAACCCAGACCAGAAGAUAAUUAAAAGAGUGAUUGCUCUUGAAGGAGAUAUUGUCAAAACUAUGGGACACAAAAAACGGUAUGUCAAAGUUCCCCGGGGUCACAUCUGGGUUGAAGGUGAUCAUCAUGGACACAGUUUUGACAGUAAUUCUUUUGGGCCGGUUUCCCUAGGACUUCUGCAUGCCCAUGCUACACAUAUCCUGUGGCCUCCAGAGCGCUGGCAGAAAUUGGAAUCUGUUCUUCCUCCAGAGCGCUUACUCGUUCAGAGCGAAGUGGAAUGAAGACGUGAGUCUCCCUCAGCUGCUGACAUUGGGAGGCUGACACCACCAGUCACAGGAAAAGAGAUGGAGAGGACGAACCAUGAAAAUGGCAAAGCUUAUUUCAAAUGAGAUGAUUCAUAUUAUUAAAGAGUUUUAAACAGUAUUAAACAUCAGUUGAUUUUGUGCUUAAUUGUAAUACCCUAUUGUUUAAUGCUCCCCAAAAUACAGACCUUUAGGAAUAUGAAAAUCUUAUUCCCAUGUCUUACAGGGGAUAAAUUUGAGAAUCUUUGUUAUGUAUACUUAUCCCAUUGAUUGUUGGGCUUUAAUUUUGUUUGAUUGUUGGUGCUUGCUGGUGAAUGAAAGAAUAUGAAAAUUAAUAUUUGAUGGAAGUAAUUGAGUAAUCUCAUUUACUCUUAAGAUGAAACACACAGUGAUCAGAAUUAUAUCAUGAUUGGCAGUAUUUACAAUGCAGUGACUGACUGCCAGUUAGGAAGAACAGUAAACUGUGAUGUAAAAAUAAAAUAUUGAUUUGCUCAGGUA